AUGUUCAAACUGGAAGGUCUGGGACCUAAAAUGGACCCAGAAGAAAUGAAGAAGAAAAUGCGGCAAGACGUCGUCUCUUCUUUACGAAACUUUCUCAUUUACGUCGCUCUCCUGAGAGCCACUCCAUUUGUAUUAAAGCAGCUGGACAGUAUAUGAGAGGGGCGUCUUCUUUCCAUGACAAGGAUGUCAAAGGCUUUGUGGAACGCGAUAUGUGGCUGUUGUCCAACAUCUGUCCAGCUGCGCGACUUGCAAAACAUUCAAUUUCAUUGUGUUCCUUCAUCCCUGGAGUUUGCUCGUGAAACAUACUGAUUGUGCUGAUACAAUAGCAUGAAUGGCCACUGCUAUUAAAAACCAGCAUGUUGGAUUAAAUGUUCAGAAUUA